AUGGGCCAUGGAAUACUGUACAUGCUCUCCAUUUCGUUUUGCUAUAGCAUAUAUGCUCCAUCUUGUUUAAUGUUCACCAAACUCAGUACAGAGGUUAGGACAGAGCAUCAGAACGAAGUGGUGCGGCGCAGGAGCAAUCCCUUUAUUUUUCAAGGUUCCCACAUAUAUGUACUGCAUUCAUUUUAAGAAGAACAUGUAGCCUUUUAAGUUGUUUUAGGACUUUAGGCCAUUUUCUUUUUGUUUUCCCAACCCAUCUGUAUUUAUGGAGAAGAAGUUGUGGCUUGCAGCAUUAUUUCUUCCAGCAGAGAAUUGACUUCCAACAACUCUAGAUAAAGAAUUGACCAUACUUCCUGCUUUAUCGUACGAUAGUGACCAGAAUUUGAAGAAAAUUUUAGCAAUCCCUGAAAAGCAACGAAGUUGGAAGAAAUUGCUAAAGGAAUCAAAUUUGACUUCCAGUUUUCUUUGGAGCAAAGUCGAGGGGCGGAGUGAAGGUAAUCUUCUUAUUGGACCGGAUGGUCGUAUUCCUGUUUUUUUGUUGAAGCGAGCUUUAGAGUUGAUUGGUAUCAAGUUUAUUCUUCUUAACCAUCUGACAGAAGAAUAACGUAAUCUUGCGGAUAAAUUUUUGAAAAAGAUGUCAUUCAAAAUGCCUUCCGGGACCGAUGCCUUGGCAAAAGCCAAGAAAGCAGUGAGUAAGAAGAAAAGUCAUUCAUUGGCUGUAGAGCCAUCAAUAAACCCCAUGCCCUCAAGGAGUAUUGUUCCUUCAAAGGUCAUCGAAGAAGGAUCAAGCAAGAAGCCUAAGGUUGAUUUUGAUGAGGAAGAAAAUAUCUCUGUCAUCAUUCCAAAGAGUACUUGUUUGUAUUCAAACCCUUUGUCUAUUGAAGGUUAUGUCGAAGCCCUCUUGUAUCCUCGUGAUGAGACUCGUUUCAAGGAAAUGGGAUCCAUCGAGUCAUCCAAUGAUUUGAUGCUUUCUAAGGCGAUUCAUAUUUAUCGAGACCAUCAAUGCCUCGGAAGGGAAAACCGUGAUAUUAAAAAGUCCAACACCGAGCUUCGAUCAGGUCUUACGAAAGUUGACGAGAUGCUUAAGGCAAGUAAAGAAUUAAACGAAGAGUUUAAGAGGCAAUUAAAGGAUAAAGAGAGCGAAUUGGUUAAGGAGAAGAAGAAUUCGAAUGAUUUAUGUGCUCAGUGGGAGGACAUUGCGGUGAAGGCCAUGUGGAAAGCUCGUAAAGAACUGUUGACAGAGUUCAAAGAAGGCAAGUCUAAGGAUUGGAAGGUAGACGAAGAGUUGGAACUCUACGUUGGUAUGUUUGAGGAUGAGGCUGGCCCUGCCGACGAGGGGUCUAUUGGUCCUAGAUUUUGCACGGGUAUUCCUCAAGAUGAAGAUGGGGGCAACUAGAUUGUUGGACAUGCUGUUGGGGAUAUUGUUGAGCAUCAGUUUAUUGUUGAUUUUGAGGUGACUCAGUAGUAUGUCGAGUGUUGUUUCUUGGUUGGACGAUGUUUAGUUUGUCAACACCUAGUUUUUUUUUUGUUCAUACGCUUUGCUCUUUUGUUGGUUUAACAUUGUGAUGUUGCCUGUUGAGCCUUUUGAUGCUCUUUGUUGAGCCUUUUGAAUGUCGAAUUGUGCCCUCUGUUGUAUUAUUGAGGUUUUUUUUUUUUUUUUAUGUUAAAUCAUGCUUUUCACUACAGUUGAAUGUUGGUAGUCAACUAUGAUUGAAGUUUAAUGAAUAUCAUACAAAUUGACCAAGCAUAAAGUGAUUGUGAUCAUGGUCCUCUACAGGAGGUAUGUGAUUAUCUCAGAUAGCACCAUUGGUAGUAUUCUACAAUAAUAUCAGACGUUAGGCGAAAAA